CUCUCCGGGGCGGCGCUCGCAGCGCUCCAAGAGUUCUACGCGGAUCGCGAGGCGAGAGCGCAGCAGUUUGAAGAGCUGAGGGAAGCGGCUGAGAAGAGGGAGGAGAAGAAGGUGUGGAGUAUGGAACUGUUUGCGGAGGAUUGGAAUGAGAGUCAGUUUUGGUAUUCAGAUGAGACGGCUACUGCACUGGCACGGGAACUUCUGAGGGAUGCGGGCCCAGGAUCAACGAUCGUGGUGGUGUCAGCGCCGAGUGUGUUUAUCCAGUUGAAGAAUCUCUUGGCAUCAAGCACCAACAGCCCCAAGAUCAUUCUUCUCGAAUACGACAAGCGGUUCGCCAUCUUUCCCGAGUUCAUCUUUUACGAUUUCAAAGCCCCUUUGAACCUUCCCCAGAGUUUAAAGGGUUGUGCUGAUCGGAUAAUUUGUGAUCCGCCGUUUUUGAGUGAGGAUUGUCAGACGAAAGCCGCAUUAACAGUACGCUGGCUCUCCAAGACCUGGGAGCGCUCUUCCGCACAGCGCCUGAUCGUAUGUACAGGCGAGCGCAUGGAGACGCUAGUACACACGCUAUACCGCGGGCCAGGUAUCGAGACGACUACGUUUGAGCCGCGCCAUGCUAAGGGGCUCAGUAAUGAGUUUUUCUGCUAUGCGAAUUUUGAGAGUGAGUUGUGGGGAUGGAGAAGGAAGGAUGGGGCGGAGUGA